AUGCUAGCAAAUAUCGACUUUUGGGAAUAUUUAACUGUAAUUAUUUUAUAUUUUUUACUUGUAAUUAAACCAAUAUCAAACCAAGGCAUAUCUUGUUAUAAGUGUAUGACAACUAAUUUGAAUAAUGAUGCUUGUCAAGAUCCAUUUUCAUCGUUACUUAACCCCAUUCAUAAUAAUUGUCAGGCAACAUCUAUGGGCAAAAAUGGAACAUUUUCAGCUCGAUUUUGUGUAAAAAUUAGUGGUCGUAUUACGAGUAUUGACGGUGGUGCAAAUGCUUCAUAUGUAAAUACGAUUUUCUAUUAUCGUACAUGUAUUGUUGAUAAUAUAAUGGAAUCAACGAAAUCAUUAGAAACAUCGGGCAGUUUUCGUUUAAAAGGCUUUCAAGAUAUGUCUGGUUCUAUUCGUCUGCAAGGUCACAUUGCACUUUGUACAUAUGAUGGAUGUAAUCAUGCAAGAACAUUAUGUUCAUCAGUAUUAAUUAUUAUUCUCGAUUUGUUGUUAAUUAUUUAUACUAGUCGUUUCUAUUAA